AUGGCUACCAAAUUGGUUCCUAUUGCCAGUCCCGGCCUUCAUUUCAGUGACGAUGAAGGUCUAAGAGAAAAGGACGCACCCAUGUCGGGCGUGGAAGCGGUGACCAGCGAGUUUCAAGGCGCGAACAAGAACUUGCCUUUGCAAGCUUACAUGCACUACGCCGACAUCCAACGUGACUACGAAAGAGUUGACGACAUGGACGGUUUGUACGCUGCGCAGCAGGAGCAGAUCACGGCUGACCCCCACAGUAACCUGUCUUUGGUGAAGCUGGACGCACAGAGAUCGUUGCGUAUCGCUAAGGCGUACUCGGUUUUCUUUUUGAUCACCACGGAUAUCCUGGGCCCUUCGAACGCUCCAUACGCUGUUGCUCAGAUGGGAUGGGCUCCCGGUAUCGUCCUUUACGUUCUGUUUGGUAUCUUCGCUGCGUUUGGUGGUUGGUUGCUGAACCGCUGCUACUGCAAGGUCGACUCCAACAACUACCCUAUCCGUACCUUUUCUGACCUAGCGGGCCGUACUGUGGCCCCUUGGUUCAAGUUUCCAUUUGCUAUCUUGCAAUUCAUCCAGAUGAUUUUGAACUGUGGUGUGCUGUUGCUUGGUACUGCCCAAGCUGUGUCGCAGAUGCAGAUUGUCACCAAAGGUACCGACGGUCUGUGUUUCACAGUGGACAUUUUGAUUUGGGGUCUGCUAUGUAUGAUCGUUGGUCAAAUCAAAUCGUUGGGUAGGUUUGCCCACAUCGCCAACUCUGCCGUGUGGAUGAACAUCGCCAUUUGCAUCAUCACCAUGGUGGGUGUUGCCGUUGGUGGCCCUUACUAUGGUAUUUUCAAGCAAUACGGUAUGGGCGCGCCUUACUUCCAAGACAACUCCUGGAUUCCUUUGCCUAUCCAACACCACGCUGUUGCCCCAGGAAGUAUCAGCGACAAAAUUGGCGGUAUGAACAACAUGGUUUUCGCAUGGGGUGGUGCUACCAUUUUCUGUGAGGUUAUGGCUGAAAUGAGAAGACCCAUGGAUUUCUGGAAGGGUAUGAUCUGCGCUCAAUCACUCAUCAUGAUUGUUUACCUCUUCUACGGUCUAUUCGUCUACGGUUACAACGGUCAAUUCAGUUAUGUUACUGCCAACCAAGGUAUCGGUUCCACCGGUCUGCAAAACGCCGGUAAUGUUUUGAACAUUAUCACCGGUCUAAUCGCUGCUGUGCUUUACGGUAACGUCGGUAUCAAGGUUUUCUACCAGGGUUUCAUGGUUCCUUACUUUAGAUUUCCAAACCUGAUGACCCGCAAGGGUACCUUCGCAUGGGGGGGUUUUGUGGUUCUCUACUGGUCUAUCGCUUAUAUCCUUGGUACUGCCAUUCCAUCUAUUAGUGCCCUGGUUGGUAUUAUCGGUGCCUUCUGCAUUUUCAACUUUUCUUACACAUUCCCAUUCCUCUUCGCCUUUUGCCUGCUGUGCCGCCAGGAUGCGGGUUUGACCGAUCGCUUUGAUCCAUUGACACUAACGGUCGAGAAAGCUGACUCUUACUUGAACGUCUCGCGUUGGAAGCGUGCUCUCGGACAUGGUGGUUUCAAGCGCUUUGCAGUUAAGCUAUCCCUUCUUCUGCUGUGUCUGGCCUCUCUUGCAACUUGCGGUCUAUGUUCCUAUUCGGCUAUUGAGGGCGCCAUCGAAUCUUACCAGACCAACUUGGCCCAACCUUUCACCUGCACUUCACCUGUGGGUUAA